GCAUUGUGGACUGCUGCUGAGAGUGCGCGCGCGAGGUUGCCGCCGCCGCCGAACAAAGGAGCACAGGGGGCUCCGCGCGGGGACCGCCACCCCACCUCCCCGGGCCACCCGGGCCUGCGCCCACCGCCGCCAUCACCACCACCAUGACCGCCAACGGCACGGCCGAGGCGGUGCAGAUCCAGUUCGGCCUCAUUAACUGCGGCAACAAGUACCUGACCGCCGAGGCGUUCGGGUUCAAGGUGAACGCGUCGGCCAGCAGCCUCAAGAAGAAGCAGAUCUGGACACUGGAGCAGCCGCCCGACGAAGCGGGCAGCGCGGCCGUGUGUCUGCGUAGCCACCUGGGUCGCUACCUGGCGGCCGACAAGGAUGGCAAUGUGACCUGUGAGCGCGAAGUGCCCAGCGCCGACUGUCGCUUCCUCAUCGUGGCGCACGACGAUGGCCGCUGGUCUCUGCAAUCCGAGGCGCACCGGCGUUAUUUCGGUGGCACCGAGGAUCGCCUGUCGUGCUUUGCGCAAACCGUGUCACCAGCCGAGAAGUGGAGCGUGCACAUCGCCAUGCACCCACAAGUCAACAUCUACAGCCUGACCCGCAAGCGCUACGCGCACCUGAGCGCACGGCCGGCCGACGAGAUCGCCGUGGAUCGCGACGUGCCGUGGGGCGUCGACUCGCUCAUCACGCUGGCCUUUCAAGACCAGCGCUACAGCGUGCAGACCGCUGACCACCGCUUCCUGCGCCACGACGGACGCCUGGUGGCCCGCCCCGAGCCCGCCACUGGCUACACGUUGGAGUUCCGCUCCGGGAAAGUGGCCUUCCGCGACUGCGAAGGCCGCUACCUGGCACCGUCGGGACCCAGCGGCACGCUCAAGGCGGGCAAGGCCACCAAGGUGGGCAAGGACGAGCUGUUCGCGCUGGAACAGAGCUGCGCCCAGGUCGUGCUGCAGGCGGCCAACGAGAGAAAUGUGUCCACGCGCCAGGGCAUGGACCUGUCGGCCAAUCAGGACGAGGAGAGCGACCAGGAGACCUUCCAGCUCGAGA